AUGUUGGAAAAACUGCUUCUGAGUGACUUAACAACUCUGGACACUGACUUUCGUCAUGGCCCCUGCAUGGCUAAAACAGAAUCCCAAAGUGUACCUUACCCUGGCUGGGAAAAUGACUUUGGAGGACCCGACCCUUUCCAGAGGACAGGAAACCUUAUAUCAUCACCUUUCUUGCCACCUAAGCUUGAUGCCGAGAAGGAGGAGUCCCUGAGUGAGGAGGAACCUGAGAGGUUCUACAAGGAGGGAGUCUAUGAGAAGGACCUACCUCUGGUAGAUCUGUGGAAUGCCUCAGAUUUUCAUUGCACCAGACGCUCUGCUGGGCGACUGCAGACCCUGGAGGAGUCCUGCCAGCUAAUCCGGAUCGUCAUGGACAACCGAACCCAGCUGUGGUGGAGAAAACAUCUCCACAUUGACCUCCUGAACCCCGAGGGUUUGGUGGCUGUUUCAACAAUUGAACUGGAGGUCACAGGGGUGCAGCUUCUUGGUUGUAGACAGACAAGCCACGUCAUGUCCCACCAUAUACAUACAUGGAAGGAGUUCUUGUACUUUGAGGAUGGCCAGGAGGUGGACGUGACGACCACCUUUGAGGGUUUUGUCGAAGCAGGGAUGAGACUAAGUUGGUCAUGCUCCAACACAGACUCCACCUUCCCUGACCCUCUUCCUCGUUCUCCUCAUACCUCUCCUCCUUCACCCCCUUUUGAGGAGGAUUUUCAAGAUGAAGUUGGGGGGAAAAAAAACGCCCAAGUCCCCCUGAUGCAGAGCUAUUUUGCCUACAAGGGAAUCAAUGACUUUGAGGGUAAACUGGCUGCCCUUCGCAAUGCUUUUGAGGAUCUGAUACCAACCAGUCCCUGAACUUCAUCAGCCAUGCUGGGCGGAUGGUUCAGGGUGGAUUGGCCCAGCUCAAUGACCAGAUACCAAGAUCAAUUUUCUUGAUUUGUUUUUUGAAAUGGUCCUGCUGGGCUUUUUGGAGGGAAAGACGGUUCAUGCUGUCCCGCAACCCAAUGGAUUCCUCCAUCUCCUCUUUGGAAUUAUUCUGUCCAUCAGACCACCAGGACAGAGCUGGAGCCAGAGAGUAGAAAACAUUUUGUUGAAAAUCAAGAGCCACAUGCAUUCAUGGAUGAACGCCAUUUUUGAAUUUGAGGACCAUUUAUAUGGCUGUGCUCAGAAUCUGUCUGGAGAAGUCCUGGGGAACCUGGAGAUGCAGGUGGAGUACCUUUUGUCCUCCUUGGACUAAUACACCUCAGACUCUACAACCUCCAGAGAUAACAAGAGCGACAGGCGACUACUAUAGGACUAACACCUACAUCGAUCGUAGUCUGCAUGAAUUAAACAAGUUAUUCAGCACGUGUUCAAUGCCUUCUUGUAAAUACUAGUUAUCAAAGAUAAUCAGAACUCAGAUCACAGAAACAAAAAAUACAUUGAUAGUGUCCUUUUGUUAGGAUGUAGGAAAUGUCCAGUUAUUUAAAAUAUCAAGUAUCAAUAGCUCCAUUUAAUUGUUUUUCAUAUCAUGUUGACAGACACAGUAUGUUCUGGAAAUCUCCUGUCAAUGCAUGUGUUACAGAGUUGGUAAGAUGUUUGUUUUUCGGGGGGUUAAUUAAAGUUUUC